CCUGCCCGCCGUCGCGGAGCUCCGGUACCGCCGCCCGCGGCUCCGGGCCCGGGCCGCUGCCCCGCGGGCCGGCACGUGCGCGGCUCCCGCCCCCGCAGCCCGAGCGGCCCGGCCCGCAGCGCCCAGCGCCCUCCCGGCGGCGCGAUGCUGCGCUUCCUGAGUGGCAUGGCCUUCGUCCCCUUCCUGCUGGUGACCUGGUCGUCCGCCGCCUUCAUCAUCUCCUACGUGGUCGCCGUGCUCUCCGGGCACGUCAACCCCUUCCUUCCCUUCAUCAGUGAUACAGGAACAACUCCUCCAGAGAGUGGUAUUUUUGGAUUUAUGAUAAACUUCUCUGCAUUUCUUGGUGCAGCCACGAUGUACACAAGAUAUAAAGUCGUAGAGAAGCAAAACCAAACCAGCUAUGUCAGCACUCCUGUUUUUAACUUGGUGUCCUUGGUUCUUGGCUUGGUGGGAUGUAUUGGAAUGGGCAUUGUAGCCAAUUUUCAGGAGCUGGCUGUCCCGGUGGUCCACGAUGGUGGCGCCCUACUGGCUUUCAUCUGCGGUGUUGUGUACACGCUGCUGCAAUCCAUCAUCUCUUACAAAUCGUGUCCCCAGUGGAACUCCCUGUCCACGUGCCACAUACGGAUGGCCAUCUCUGCUGUGUCCUGCGCGGCCGUCAUCCCCAUGAUUGCCUGUGCUUCACUAAUUCCUACAACCAAGCUGGAGUGGAAUCCAAAAGAAAAGGAUUAUGUAUUUCAUGUAGUGAGUGCGAUCUGUGAAUGGACAGUGGCCUUUGGUUUUAUUUUCUACUUCCUAACAUUCAUCCAAGAUUUUCAGAGUGUCACCCUAAGGAUAUCCACAGAAAUCAAUGAUGAUAUUUGAAGAAGAAGAAUUAUAUCUCACUCAGUGAAAGUUACAAUUUUUAGAAGUGGUGCAGAAGACAGACAGGGUUUUACUGCUGCCCUGAGUGCAAUGCACCUGCGGCAUAUCCAGGACUUGAAUUUCAUUAAGAAUUCCCAGUAGUUGUACUAUUUCCAAAGGUAUGUUUUCCUAGCGAAUGUAGAGCACUUAUGACUUUGUAGCAAUGUUUUUAUAAUUUUUUAAGUAGACACUUUUUUAUAUUAACAAAUUCAUUUCAGAAAAGAUAAGGUAUUACAGAGGAUGGAGAGCUCUUAUUUUUGUACAGACUCUGUUGUUUUUCCUUGGUGUGUGAGUGAGUUAUGGAAAUACACUAAAGGAGGAAUUCACUAAAAACAAAAUAUCAGGGAAUAUUCAUUUUUAAAAUUCAUUUUUAGUGAAUGAACUAAUUUUAUAUCAUGAGAGCAUUUAUAGAAUACAGUUUUUUAAUGAUCAUAAAGAUUUAGUUAAUACAUUAACACUAAGAUACUUUGGUUUUUAGAUAACUAAGCAAAAUGCUUCUAUUGAAAAGCCUUAAAAUCACUAUGCACAUUAACUCAAAGUGAACACAGAAGACCUCAGGUUUUAAAAUCUGCCUCUCCAUGGGCCUGUCUGCUCACACAGCCGCAGCUUUUACUCUUGUUGCCAAUUGGAAGUCCAUGGUGGGUGUAAUUCCAGGUGGGAUGGGUGGAUUCAGCAAGGCAGAUUAGAAAUCAAAAGCCUUAUAAAAACAGAAUAAAUGGAGGUGAGCAACUAAUAGGAAAACCUCAAUGGAUUCCGGGUUAUUAUCUUUGCUAGAUGUGCAAGGAGGGAAAGUAUCUCAGGGAACAUUUGUGGAAGGUCGGGUUAUAAGGAGACCUUCAGUUAAUACUAAACCUCUACAAAAUUCCAACCUGUGAAAAGCAUUAAAAAUACCAUUUAUAAAACCACCCUUUGUUGCUGAUAUAACUUGAUAUAUAUAGUCUGACUCAGAUGUGAGCUUCAGCUCACAUCUCAGAUUUAUUUUAUGCCCAUAAACAUGCUGAAGAGAACACAGGGCCAAGAGAGCUGAUGGGAGAGGGCACAGGGAACCAUUUUUUUCCUCCUUUUCUUGCCUGUGGCUGGAUAUUUGCACACUGUAUGAAAAGGGAAUCAGGUCCUUUGUUAUGACCCACAGACACCCCCUUUUGAAAAGCAAGUCAUUCCAGAGGAAAAAGGUGGGCCUUGGAAUGUUAAGGUGUAGGUUAGAGAGUAAGACAAGGAAGUCUCCUUCACAGAUCCUCUGGACCACAACCCGCUUCUGGCCAUGUGGGUCUAGACCUUGAGGGGAUGUACCAAGGCCAGAGGAGCCUUGCGGGGCAUCUGGGACUGGUGAGCAUGUGCUGGCUCUGCAAUAACUGUUUGUUGAGUGAGUGAGAAGCAGCUUUGGUCAGCCACUUAUGCAGGCACAAACUGUGUUUGCCCUCUGUGUUCAGCAGUGAGAAGCCUGUAACCAUUUCUGGAUCUGUUGUACCUUGUCUUAAUGCUGUGGAUCCCCACUGUAACACUAAAAGACUGAUUAAAGCUGUGUGAAGCAUUCCUUGCUCUGCAGAGGGGCUGGGGUGCCGCAUACCUGUACUGUGGAAUCCAUAAUAGAAUGAAUCCAUGGUUGGUUCCCACUUUGAACAGACUUCUGUUAUCAACACUUCACCUGAUGCCCUGCCCUUCAUUCCCACAUCUCUCUGCAAGAUUUGAUUGGGAGCUCCUUGAGGGCAGAGUAUGUGCCUUAAUCUGUAUCACUGUAACUCCAGUAUUUAUCAGGGUGCCUCCUGGUACACAGUGGGUGCUUAAUAAGUAUUUGUUGAGUGCAUGAAUGGGUGAGCAAAGGAAGGAAUAACUAGGGAUAUUUGUAGUGUGUAUAAUGACAGUUAUUCUGGUUUGGUAGUUAAGUCUUAAACAAAUAGUCUGUAUCACCUGGUAAUGUUGACUGCUUUGCUUUGUGUACUGUAAACAUUUCAGUUGUUUGAGCCUCACCAUCCUAUGACAACUCUCUUCAACCUGGACAGUUACCAGAAAUUGUUAACAUGGGCUAGACAAAAUGGUACACCUGGCUUGGCAAACUGAGAAGGCCAGAAAUCACUCCAGACAGUCACAUUCUGCUGAGUCCAUGAAACCUCUAAAGCUGGUCUUAACCACAUUUUGUUAUUAUUUCUAAUUUCCAUGAACUUGCAUUUCCUUGGACCUCAUGGCUAAAAGAGUAAAAUAAAAUGAAAUAUUUCUUUAUUUUA